AGUAGGUUGUAACUUUUUUUAAAGAGUGGUCGUAAUAAAAGUGUAAUAUACAUUCACUACGUAUUAUAAAGCACACGUACAAUAACCUCUCAAGGACUUAUAAGUAAAGGAAAUAAGUCUCUCACACCAAUUAGUCCAAAGUAGUACUUAAAAAACAUGCACAUUCUAUUGACAAAGAACAAAUUAGAAAAUGGUAACCAGCCUUGAUCCUUGAGCAAUUUUAUCUUCGAGGUACCUUUCAUACCUCGAAGAUAAAUAUUCACUCACAGUCAGACAUAGUAAAUGUCGAAUGUUGUUAUAAAUGCAUCUGAACGCUUAUCCUUAAGUCUUGGCGAUGAUUAUGAAGAUAUUAUUGAUUAUUUUGAAGAAACAUAUAUUGACCUAAUCAAACAAGACGACAGCCCAAGUUUAGUAUUGAUUUUUGGAAUAUGUAGCAUCGGACAGCGGAUGCAGCCGAGAACAAACAACGUUGUGGAAGCUUAUCAUCGUCGAAUCGGCUCCGUUUUUCAAAGUUCACAUCCAACACUUUGGUCUUUCUUAGAGAAACUAAUUGAAGAAGAAAACGCGACACAUAUUGACAUCUUACACAUUAAUGCUGAUCAAGCACCCAAACUGAACAGUAAAAGAAAUGAACGAUUUGAAAAACGUUUGUUAAAUAUUAUUUCUAACCCACAUGCAGAUGGUUUAAAACAACUUGAUUCUAGGACUGAUAUUAUCAGUAAUAUAUCAUUGUAA